AUGAACAUGAUUGCAAUUGUUUCCAUCGAUGAAACGAACGCUCACCGACGCCGACGACUAUCGAAGGAAAGGACGAGCGAAAAGUUCAAGAGACAGCUCACUUUCUUCUUCCGUUCACGAGACGCACCGUCGAUGGGGUCAGGAAAGAGAGCCCACACUCAGAGAAAAGCGGGGAAACCGCAAACUCAGAUGCGGCCACGAAAUACGAGGUCGAAGGGCAGGCUCUUGUCUGAUCCCGCCGAAAACACGCAACUUCUCACGGAGCAACUUCGCUCCCUUGGGCUUUAUGCUGCCCCCACAUUGGGCGACGGAAACUGCUUGUUUCGAGCCCUCUCAGAUCAACUGUAUGGCUCGCCCUCACGCCAUGCCCAGUUACGCCAGGAUAUCUGUGACUGGAUAGAGGGGCACAAGACCCGCUAUGAACCGUUCGUCGACGACGAGCGGGGUUUGGACGUGCAUCUGCAGUGCAUGCGCCAAAAUGCCACAUAUGGCGGGCAUCUUGAACUUUCUGCCUUUGCACAUAUGACAAGACGGAACGUCAAAGUCAUCCAGCCUGGCUUGGUCUACGUCAUUGAAUGGUCCGCCGGCUGGGACCCAGAGGACGACGAGGCUGGGGAUAGGCGGCGAUUGCGCAGUGAUAAGAAGCGGGGAAAGACUCCUCUCGGGGACAACAAUUCCGACGAGGAGGUCGACUUCCCAACCACAGUUUACGUUGCGUAUCACGAUUGGGAGCACUUCUCAUCGAUUCGAAACCUGAGAGGCCCUCAUGCCGGACUACCGUACAUCCAGGAGCUACCGGCUGAUGGGUCCCCGUCAACAUCACAUCAGAAGGCCGCACCUCCCGCUCCACCUUCGUCCAACGGCAAACACGUCCCCAAAGUCAAACUUAAGGUUUCUAAAUCUGCCUCAUCGAUGACAAUUGAUGUCCAUCCUCCGACACCGCCCAAUAUGGCUGUGCCAGAACAGGUACCCCUCCCAAUUUCCCGCUCGUGCUCCGGGUCCCCUUCUCGUUCGCCCACACCCCCUCCUUCACUCCCAACUUCUCUUUCUCACGACUCGCUCCGAGUGCACCGAUCUCCGAAGCGCUCGUUUGAUGAAUCAUCCGCCGGUUCUGGAUCUAGUUCUGAGGGCGUUGCUCGACGAACCCGAUCUCGCUUAGCAGCCGUCAGUUAUUCUCUUCCCAGUUCCACCACCGACCAAAUGAAUACCGAUGAUCCAGAAGAUGUAGAUACGCCAGAUUUAUCUGCACCUGGAUCAUCAUCAUCCUCUUCACCGCCCGACUCCGUUGCUUCGUCCUCUGCAUCCUCUCCGCCGCCCACUCAUGAUCCUCAAACUGCCGUCCUUCCUGAGGAGCCUGUAAUCUCGCGGCCGUUGACUCGACGCCAGCGCAAGGCCCUCGGUCUCCCAAAGCCUCGAGCAGCGCUCGGCAACUCUACUAGGGGUGCUGGCAAAAUAGUCAUUCCCGGAGGGCGCUUCAAGGGACCCGCAUCAAAGAAGACGGUGCGAGUGAAGAACGAGGACCACGACGAUGGCGAGGACGCUGAUGACGACGAAGAGGCGGAAUGGAAGAGUAAUGGCACAGGCAGAGUGGACGUUCGAGGGUUUAGGGAGUUGAAGAUAUAA